UUUAUUCACAGCCGUGCCGGAGUGUAACGAUAUUUGUAACCGACGGGACACGUGCCCCCCAUCUGACCCCGUUUAUCCGUGCAUUCGACUGCACUCGCCGAAAAAAGAAACGGUGCGCGAGUUUCGUUUCUGGGACUCUGGCUGGACUGCGAACAUGUUUUACCUUCAGAUCACAAUACUCUGCAUGGCGGUGGUCCACGUGAUCUGCGAUCUACCACCGGGAACCAGACGCAACACAUACUUGCCACCUGAGCCAACGAAAGGAUACAAUUACGACACGCCAGGGAUACCAUUCCCAAAACCGACCACCACGAGACGACCGUUUUCGACGACGACGCCUUAUCCAACCAGACCUUUUAAUAGUCCCAAACCGACCACGAAGUUCCCGUCAACGAGACCAACCCCUGGCACAGGGUACCCACCUUCGGGCUCAAGACCCACACCGGAAUUCCCUGAAUAUGGUACACCGACUGGCCCCACUCCUGGUGGUCAUGACCACCACCACCAUGAGCCAGGCAUGCCGUUCGACUUUAACUAUGCGGUGAAGGAGGACGCGUUCGGUAACGACUACUCCCACAACGCCAUCAGUGAUGGGGACAUUGUUCGUGGAGAGUACAGAGUUCAACUUCCGGAUGGAAGAAUGCAGAUCGUCCGGUACACGGCCGAUUGGAAGCACGGGUUCAGCGCGCAGGUUUCCUACGACGGGAACCCCCGUUUUGACGUUCCUCGGCCGACCGGCACCUUCGCGGGAUAUUAAACACCUCGUCGAGCCUAGGGUUGCUAAAUCAUACCACGUUAUGGGACCCCAUACACCUAGAAACUAAAAAACGAAAAAAGACGAAAAUUAUUUGUUAAUUCGUCCUCGGACGAUCGAGAUCUUUCUCCCUGUACAUAAUUUUAUCAAAACAUUGUUAUCGGCAAACAAAAGUACGUAGUUCGAACUGUGAUCGCAGAAAAUUUCAUCGAAAAAUUCCGAAAGACAUUGGAUAUCUAACAGAAUUGCUCUAUCAGAAACACUGAAGAACGAAACGAAAUACUAAUUUCAACUAAAUGGAUGCGAGUAGUAUCUGGCAUUGAUUUUUAAGACGAAGAAUUUUUUCAAGUGGAAAAAUACGAUUUUAGUCCCGAAGAAUCGUUCAUUUUUUGCUAUUAAGAAAGUUUUAAAGAUCCUGUGACAAAUACGAAAUACAUAUGUCCAAAAUAACGGAUUUCGAGUCAAUCAUGUUUCUAAUUCCGAAGAUAUUCAAGCUAAGUAGAUUGUGCUUAUCUUUAUGAACUUUUCAAUAGAAUUAUUAGAAAAGACUCUUUAAAGGUAAAUAAAUUAUUUUUGCUUAUCUAGGUGUAUGUCAUCUCUUAAUAAAAGUUUGUCUCGGGAUUCUCGCCGUCUUGUUGCAUACCACUAAUUAGCCGAAUCGUUUGGAUAAAUGAGAUUCCAAUGUAUUUUCUCCUUUUCGAUGUCGCUACAGUUGCGGUUGAUCCUGAUUAGGUAUUUGGACAUUCAGAAGUCGAUAUUACUUUACUAUUUCUCCUAUGACUCGAAGAGGGCAAUGACUUUGACUGAAUGUUGUUAGCAGUGUGAUAUUGAAGUAUUUGAUUUUCAGAAAAAAAUGAUUUCUUGGAGAAAGUAUUUGAAUUUAGCAAAAUAGUUCAGAAAAAUUAGUUUAUUAAGAGGAUAUUACGGUUUAAAUAAUAUUUUUGUAAACGAUCUGAUUUCGCUGAAGCCAAAUAUCCGUUUAAAAAAUUUGUGAAAAUGAGUUAGAAUUCCCUUUGGUUGCAUGAAGAAUGUUAAAAACGUUCUCGUUAACAAACUCCUUGUCCUUCCAAAAGUAUAAAGGGAUCGAACGGUUAAUUGUGAGUCGCAUUUGGAAACAUUGUGGUAGCAUCCUCCUGCAGGAUCAAGUGGUUUAAUCGUAGACGUAUUCCUUUAAUUUCCUGCCAGUACUAGAUACAAAUAAUAAGAGCAAUCCCUUAGCCCAUAUUUUCUAUUCCUCAGUUAGUUGUGUCCAAUGGACACGUAUACAUAGAAGGAGCAAAAUAAAAAGUUGUUCAAAUCAAA